AUGGAAGACUUUCUGACGAAAUCGCACUGCGGUUACCACCUAGAAGAAACAAUCCGAAGCUCCCACGGCAGUCCAAGCGGCCGCACCCAGGCAAGGAGGCGGUCUGCACGCCCCGCAGCGAAGCACAUGUCCAAGUCGGCGUUUGGGGAUGACAUCUUGCAUGAGACGGAAGACGAAGACGAAGCUGACGACGACUCCUCACUUGUGGACGAAAGGAUCCGCGACCUGGAAGUUUCUGGCCCUUCUUCCGACGAGAUUGGCGAAAUCUCCAGGCUCUCGCCUCGCCGCCGAGCCAUGAAUCGCGAUCGGUCAAUCAUGCUCCGCGAGAUCUACAAGGCACCCACCCCGAGCCAGACCAAGCUGGGUAUUGUCUACAACUGCUACAAGAAGGACAUGGAGAGUAUUCAUGAGUCGGGCGAGCACUUCUUUGGCGCACUCAAAGCCGAGACGCUUGCCAAGACGAUGCUCCGCAGUCAAAACGUUCACGUCAUAAAGUGCAGUCAGUGCGCCGCCGGGCACAUCGAGUACUUUCAAGUGAUUCGGGUGUAUAUUCUUUCCGUCGUUAACGUGAUGGAGACGAUCUUACAGGCGGACGCUUAUGUCCUCAUAAAAGCGUUGGGCUGGAUCCUCAGCGACGCUUGGCACCAGUUCCUCGACACGUUUUCGGACACUGCUUUUCUCCAGAAAAUGGUGUCCACGGCGCGCUAA